AACGCCGGCGCGGCCGCUCUCAGGUUUCUCUCUGGUUACAGGUUACAGCCUGAAACAAAAAACCAACUAGUUGAAGUAGCAGUCCAUGAUUGUAUAGUCGAAGGAUAAGGUGGUAAAAGUUAAAGAGACGAUCUAACCUCUUGUGUCCGCGUGCAAAGAUGGAAUCAAGUGUUGAUUCCAAGUCGAAGAGUUUUCACGAAUUAGAACUCGACGACAGGUUAUUGAAGGCGAUCACGAAAUUAGGCUGGACGGAGCCUACGUUAAUACAAGAAAAGGCGAUACCUCUAUUACUAGAAGGGAAGGAUCUUUUAAUAAAGGCUCGUACAGGUUCGGGCAAAACUGCCACCUUUGCAAUACCGCUCAUUCAGAAAAUAUUACUGAGCAAGCGAACACAAGAGAGACAGGAGAUCAAGGGUCUUAUUAUUGCACCUAGCAAGGAAUUGUGCAAGCAAAUUCACAAUGUUAUCAUAAGCUUAACGAUAAAGUGCUGUAGGGAGGUCAGAGUCAUUGAGCUUAAUUCACAAGUGGAUUUGAAUGCCCAAAGACUUUUACUGAGCGAAUUGCCAGAUAUCGUUGUGGCAUCGCCAACUCGAUUGCUGCAACAUUUAAAGGCAAAAAAUUUAACGCUAAAAUAUAGUCUCGAUACAUUAAUAAUCGACGAAGCUGAUCUGCUAUUUUCAUUUGGAUAUGAAAAGGAUAUGAAGGCUGCGUUAACUUAUCUGCCAACGGCAUAUCAAGCAGUUUUAGCAUCCGCCACAUUGUCUGAGGAUGUUCAAACGUUGAAAAAAUUAAUUUUGCACAAUCCUGCAAUUUUAAAGUUGGAAGAGCCACCGUUGGCUCCUCCUACGCAAUUAGUUCAUUAUACCUUGGCCGCAGAGGAAAACGAUAAAGCUGCCAUUUUAUACGCCUUGUUGAAAUUACAUUUAAUUAGGGGAAAAUCUAUAAUCUUUGUACAUACUGUAGAUAGAUGUUACAAGUUAAAGCUGUUCUUAGAGCAGUUUGGUAUUCCAACUUGUCUUUUAAAUUCUGAGUUACCAGCAACCUCGAGAUGUAGAGCGGUUUCGCAAUUCAACAGUGGCGUUUAUGACAUUAUAAUAGCAUCGGAUGAGAAAGUCUUAGAAGAGCCACAUGUAAUAAAAACCAAAAAGAGUAAACGAAAGAAAGACAAGGAAUCGGGUGUAGCGCGCGGUGUCGAUUUCCAGUGUGUCUCCAAUGUAAUAAAUUUCGAUUUUCCCUUGGAUCUAAAUGCUUACAUACAUAGGGCGGGACGUACCGCCCGUGGGAACAAUCGAGGAACCGCCCUUAGUUUUGUAGCUAUUAAGGAGAGACCAGUGAUGGAAGAGAUAGAACGAGAAUUGAAGCACACUUACAACUCUGCAAAUCUAUUUAAAACCUACCAAUUUAAAUUGGAACAAGUGGAAGGCUUUCGUUAUCGUGCAAAAGAUGCUUGGAAAGCCGUUACGAGGAUCGCCGUUCGAGAAGCACGCUUGAAAGAAAUUAAACAGGAAGUUAUGAAUUGCGAAAAACUGAAAAGUUACUUUGAGGAUAACCCGCGAGACUUGAAGUCAUUGCGUCAGGACAAGACGUUGCAUACUGUUAAACUGCAACCGCAUCUGAGAGACGUGCCUGAAUAUAUAGUACCAUUGACUUUGAAGAACGUCAUGGGAAUUGGAGGGAGAAAACGAAAAUUUAACAGGGAUGCUGUACUAUCGGGAGCAACGAGUGCUAAAUCGAGACAUCUAGCUCGCGCUUCCAACCCGUUAAUAAGUUUACGAAUACCAGAUAAAUAAAUCUUUGAACAUUAAAUUUAGUGCCUAAGAUCUAACCAUCAAGCAUCUUACAGUGUGUCAUUGAUUGUACAUUCACACUUGUGUACAUAUAUACAAAACUUCCACCGAAAGAAAUUUGUUUUUUUAUUUUUACUGCUGACUUACAUCUGUACAAUCAAAAUAAAUAGCAAAUAUAUAAACAAA